AUGGCUACACAAGCGGAACAGCCAGCGACGGGCGCCGGUCCUUCGCCAGAGAGCGUCGAGAAGAAGCUGGUGGUAGAGAGCGAGAAGGCUGGAGUUCCUGCGUUUCAAUUCGAUCCAGACGCUUCGCCGGAGAAGAAGGCCGAGCAGGCAAAGAUGGCGAUACCCUCCACCCUCCAGAAGAAUGGAACAAACGGAACAAAUGGCACCAACGGGGCGAAGGCAGCUGCUGCUGCCGGUACCGUUGCUACGAACGGUACCAAGAAACAAGAAAUGGCACAACCGCCUGAAGCAGAGAAUCCCGCGAUGGACGUUAAAGAGCUUACCGAAGAAGAGAAAUUCGCUCCAGGCCGAACUGGCUGGGGUCCUCGCUUUGCUGCUCCCGCUGCGGCGGAGGAUGCUGGCGAAGAGCCUGGGGUACGGCCAACGCUUCUAGAGAGCAAGGUCGAUGACAAGUUCUUUGGAGACUGGUACCACAACGCUGGAAUCAUAAUAUUCGCCUGUCUUGCCUCGUGGAUUAUCGCCCUGCUCGGUGGAGGCCUGGGCUGGGUGUUCCUGGUCAUAGCCACCUGUGGUACAUACUAUCGUACCUCUAUCCGCCGUGUUCGACGAAACUUCCGUGAUGACAUUACCCGAGAGCUGGCCAAGAACAAGCUCGAGACCGACUCCGAGACCCUCGAAUGGAUAAACAGCUUCCUGGCCAAGUUCUGGCCCAUCUAUGCGCCCAACCUCGCCCACUCCAUCAUCACCUCCGUGGACCAGGUGCUCAGUACCUCUACUCCGGCCUUCCUCGACAGCCUGCGCCUCAAGACCUUUACCCUAGGAAGCAAGCCACCGCGCCUCGAGCAUGUCAAAACCUACCCCAAGACUGAGCCUGAUAUCGUCUUGAUGGACUGGAAGUUCAGUUUCACUCCAGCCGAUAAGAUGGACAUGACCGCUCGCCAGAUCAAGGAUAAGAUUAACCCCAAAGUCGUGCUUGAAGUCCGUGUCGGUAAAGGUAUUGUCAGCAAGGGUCUCGAUGUAAUCGUGGAAGACUUUGCCUUCUCCGGAUUGAUGAGAGUCAAGGUGAAACUGCAAAUUCCCUUCCCACACGUGGAGCGCAUUGAUAUCUCGUUCUUGGGUAAGCCAGAAAUUGACUAUGUUUGUAAACCACUUGGUGGUGAAACGCUCGGCUUUGACAUCAACUUCAUUCCUGGCCUGGAGACCUUCAUCACAGAGCAGAUCCACGGAAACUUGGCCCCCAUGAUGUACGAUCCCAACGUGUUCCCAGUUGAGAUUGCCAAAAUGCUUGCAGGUAGCCCCGUUGACCAGGCCAUUGGUGUCCUCGCUGUUACUAUCCAUGGCGCCAACAACCUCAAGAAGGCCGAUCAAUUCUCUGGUACUCCCGACCCUUACACGAUGGUCUCGAUCAACAACCGAACUGAAUUGGCCAGAACCAAGACGGCUCACGAUACUGCUAACCCCAAGUGGAACGAGACACUUUACAUUAUCAUCACCUCCUUUACGGACGCGCUCACUCUACAGUUGCAUGACUGGAACGAAUUUCGAAAGGACGUUGAACUCGGUACUGCUACAUUCCCAUUGGAAUCUCUUGAGACUCAAGAUGUGCAUGAAAACCUGAACAUUGACAUUAUGCAAAACGGCCGUAACCGCGGUAUUAUGCAGGCAGACGUUCGCUUCUUCCCAGUCUUAACCUCUACUAAGACCGCUGCCGGAGCCAUCGAGCCUCCACCGGAAUUGAACACUGGUAUUGCCAAAUUCACCAUUGAACAGGCAAAGGAUCUUGACGGCAGCAAGUCUUUCAUCGGACAACUCAACCCUUACGCCGUCCUACUCCUUAACAACAAGGAAAUCCACAUAACCAAGAAACUUAAGCGUACCAACAACCCCAUCUUCCCCAACCCUUCAAAAGAAUUCCUGGUCAGCGAUCGUAAGACCGCCCGUCUAGGGAUGAUGAUCAAGGAUGACCGCGAUCUUGCAGCCGACCCAAUCCUCGGAAAGCAGCAGAUGAAGCUAAACGAUAUGUUGAAACUUAUGGAGAACGGCAAAGAAUGGUUUGAUCUUGCCGGUGCCAAAACUGGACGUGUUAAGAUGAAGGUGGAAUGGAAGCCCGUUGCCCUCAAGGGCAUUGUUGGAAGCGGUGGCUACAUCAACCCCAUCGGUGUUAUGAGACUUCACAUCAAGAGCGCUAAAGACCUUCGAAACGUCGAGACCAUGGGUAAAUCUGAUCCUUACCUCCGCGUCCUGAAGGCCGGUAUGGAGACUAGACGUACGGUCACCUGGUUGAAUAACUUGAACCCUGAGUGGGACGAGGUUCUCUACGUGCCUGUAAACUCCCCACGCGAGAAACUUAUUCUUGAAGUCAUGGAUGAUGAGUCCAUUGGCAAGGAUAGACCACUUGGUUUAGUCGAAUUGGCUGCGUCGGAUUGGAUCAAGGAAGGAGAGAACGGAGAAUACGAAGUCCACGAUGAGAAGAGCGACUUGUCUACUCCCCUCAAAUUAGAUGGCCACAGUAACCAAAAGGGUGUACUACACUACACCGUUGCUUUCUACCCAACCCUAAACGUCAUCGACCCCGAGGAGGAGGCCGAAGAGCUCGAAGCCCAAAAGGAGAUGGCAGCAGCUGAAGAAAACGGCAACAAGACCACCGAGACCGAGAAGGCUGAGGCCAACGCUACUCCCAACGGCAGCCCAAGACUUGACGCAGACAAGGCAGGAGAUCUAACCAAUGGUGAAGCUGGCGAGAAGGCUGAGAAGGAAGUACCAAAGAUUCGCCUUACACCUCAAGAUGUGCACAAUUAUGAAUCUGGUUUGAUUGUUUUCAAGCUGGAGGAGGGAGACUUCUCAACCACGGGUACCCAGCUCGAGGUUCUGAUGGAUGACAACCUGUACCCAACAUAUACCUCUCCCAAGGUGCAAUCUAAGCAUAUGGUGUUUGGUGACGUUGGCGAUGCCUUCGUGCCUGAGAUGGAGUUCUCCAAGAUCACUUUGCGUCUGGUUGAUAAAUCUGACCGUCCAGGUGACGAAAAUGAGGAUCGCUCGAUUGCCAAACUUUCUGGCCCAACUCUAGCCACUCUCCAACAGUGCUUGUACAAACCCACUGAGCUCAUCCUCCGAGGAGCUGAUGGAAUCAAUAGCAAGGUUACCGUUAGCUUGAAGUACCUUCCCGUAAAGAUGAAGCUUGAUCCCUCUGAAAGUAUCAACAACAUGGGUACCCUUCGAGUGGACGUCCUAGAUGCUGCAGACCUGCCUUCAGCGGACAGAAAUGGAUACAGCGAUCCAUACUGCAAGUUCAAGCUUGGUGGCAAGGACGUUUUCAAGACCAAGGUGCAGAAGAAGACCUUACACCCUGCUUGGAACGAGUUCUUUGAAACUCCUGUAAAGUCCAGAAUUGCUGCCGACUUCAAGGCCGACGUCUACGACUGGGAUUUCGGUGACAAAGCAGACUACUUGGGCGGAGCUGCCAUCGACCUCACACAACUACAGCCAUUCCAAGCCCAGGAAGUCAGCCUUCCUCUUGACGGCAAGUCUGGAGCAAUUCGAUUGAAGCUUCUCUUCAAGCCAGCCUACAUCACUCGAUCUCGACAGGGCUCAUCCACAUUCUCCGGAACCUUUGCUACACCAGGAAAGAUUGUAGGCGCCCCAGUCAAGGGAGUUACCAUGCUUGGAGGUGGAGUGAUCAAGGGAGCCUCUUUCUUGAAACAUGGCUUCAAGCGAUCCAGCCGCGCUCAUGGUGAGGGAGAGGCCGAACCAGAAGCUGCCAGCAACGGCGGCCACGGCCACACACCCAGUGUCGAAGUUUCGGCGGCGCCAGCCACCCCACAGCGCUCUUCAGCACUUGCGGACUCCCCAUCGGGAUCCCCCGUCAUCUCGCACGCUAGAUCGCGAAGCAGCGCAUCUCAGGCCGGUCUCGGCGUCUCCAGUAUCAAGGGAGACACCGGAACAGCCACCAUCACCAUUGUCUCUACAACUGGCUACCCGCGCUCAACCAAUGUUCGAGUAGUGGUCAAGCAACAGACCAGCAAGGGCAUGAAAGAAAUCCAUAAAUCCAAGGCCCACAAGGCACCUCACACCUCCGGAUCAUCGUCGCCCGAAGGCCAGUCCGAGGCCAUCGUCCAGUUCGACCCCGGCCACGAAACCAUCAAGAUCAACUCCGUCACUGCCGACGCCCAGUUCCAGCUUCAAGUCAAAGACCACGCUGUGUUCGGAUCCGACGACAUUCUAGGAGAAGCCCUCUUCUUCCUUGACGACCAAGGCUCCAACGCCGGAAGAGAACGCAACGUGAAAGUCGGAAACGGCUACGUCACUAUCAAGACUGUCUUCAUGUCCUCGGAAACCUCGUCCCUGAGACCAGGUACUUCCCACUCCACUGUCCCAACAGAAGAUAGUACCGCUGACUCCCCAAAGCCUCGUAGGAGUUUUCUAUCCAAACGAAGCGUCAGCGGCGUCGGCAGCUCAUAA